AUAAAAACGUAACCACUAGCACAAUUUUAAAUACAAUGGUCGAGUUAUUUGAAAAAAUCACCGACGAACAAAGACUGGCAAUUUUGGCCCACUUUGGAAAAACAGCCGAAAGCUCAAAAUGUGACGUCAUCGCUCUUAAGGAGUGGUGUUCAAAGCAACCACAUUUACCAGACGUGCCAUGUGACUCGAUGCUUGAAUCGUUCCUACGACUCAGUAAAUACAAUUUUGACAAAGCGAAGUCAAAAAUUGACAAUUUCUACACCCUCAGAAUGAAAAUGCCGCACCUGUUGCAAAUUGACAUUAACCCCAAUUCGACCCAAUUGAGAAAAAACGCCGACUACAGUUACGUAAUUAAGCUACCACAGCUGACCGACGAUCUAUACAGGGUGACCCUACAUAAAUUGAUGACCAAAGACUUGGCUUGUUUCAACCCACUUUUGACAUUUCUUUGGCACUUUAACCUAGCGAUUGUUGGAAUGAUCGAAGAUUGUAACCGUGGUUAUGUUCUAAUCUAUGAUUUUCAAAACUAUGGUUUGAGUCACGUGACGAAAAUCACGCCAACUAUGGUGAAACGGGCGUCCGAAAUUUACAAAAAAACUCUGACAGCUUCGGUUAAAUCCAUUCAUUUUGUGAACUGUCCGUCCAUAAUUGACCAUCUUUUGACGGUUGCAAGGGUUGCACUAAACCCAAAAAUUGUCAGUCGGAUUUUUGUCCACCCAACUUUGGACUCCCUGUACAGUCACGUGCCGAGGAAAAUACUCCCGUGUGAUUACGGUGGUGAGGAAAAAUCCGCCAAAGAAUUGAACGAAAUAGUGAAGGCAAAAAUGUGGGAUUAUAAGGGUUUUUUCGAUCACUUGGACGGUUUACAAGUUGACGAAAACCUACGUCCGGAGAAUUUAAUCGACGAUGAUUUUCUUGGGUUUUAUGGCAAUUUUACGAAGCUGGAUAUUGAUUGAAGUGUUUAAAUAAAUGGAAAAAAAUUGG